AUGGAGAAUCCGGCGGAAGUGCAGGAGCUUAGAAACAAACUUCGCAUGAUGAAGUUCCCCCAAGACGAAAUACUUAAUACAGUUCGUAAGCAACAGCGUGCAAUUCAUAAGCAAAAGCAAGCCAAUGAAACCAUUCGUGCAGAGAACCAGGAAUUGCAAGCGCAAAUCGAUGCCUAUGAUCAAGCCGUUGCUGCCCAUGAUAGUAAUGAAGAUCUCAACCAACUUAAGAAUACUGAAAAAAGCCUUUCAAACAAAUUGAGUGUAUUAUCAGCUGACUAUGCUGCCGAGGACCAAAAGCGUCGCGAACUUGAAGAUAGAGUCUCCAAAGCUAGGUCUGCUGUUGGAGGAAUGUAUGCUCAAUCAAGAGAAAUUGAGGAAGCACAAGCUAAGAUCCGUACCAUGGAAAAUCGUCUCGAUAAGUCUCUUGUUCGCUACAACAAUAACCUUACACAACUUGCUGAUAAGCGUAAUCAAAUUGAUGAAUUAAGAAAAGAUCGUACAACAUUCCGUCAAGUUAUUGAAAAGUCCAAGGCUGAAUGUGCUGCUCUUGCUGCAACUAUUGAAGACCAAAUCAGGACAUCAAACGACUCUUACUCUCAGAGAGAUAAUCUUAAGAUGUGCAUUGCAGAAUUAAAGAAUAAUGAAGCAGCUGAAAUCCAACACUUUGAAAGCGAUAUGGAUCGUCUAACUCAAACAAUUGAGGGUCAAAGAAUCGCUUCAAAUAGGCCUCAUGAACAAUUGCAAUCUGUCCCAACAAUUAUUUCACAAAGCGGUACAUCAGAAGCGCAAGAUGAAAUUACCAAGCAAACAGAAGAGUAUCAAGCCCAAAUUUCUAAAACUCUUGAACUUCUUAACAUGAAAUCAACAGAAGAACUCUUCCAAGAAGCAGAAAAUCUGGAGAGAGAAAAUUUCUCACUCUUUAAUUUUGUUGUUGAACAUGGAGCUACUCGUACACGCCUUACAGAUGAAAUUUCUGCCCUUGAGAUGCAGCAUGAUGUUAUUUUGUCAAAUUCACAAAGCAACGAUGAAUCACAGGCACGUGAACUCGAAGAAAUUACAAACGAUAUCGAAGACACAAAGGCCCAGCUUGACGAUCUGGCCAAACAAAAGCAAGAAUCAGAAGAUGCUUUCAAAGUUAACUAUCAGAAAAUUGAUGAACUUUACCAACUUCUUGGUUGUUCAUGGGAGAAGUCGCCAGAUGAAAAAACUAAUGUCACUUCUGCAAAUGUCAUGUUUGCACUUACAAAUAUUGAAACUGCCAUUAUAGAGAUAAUGGACAAAGUAAGUGCUAAAGCUAAAUCUGCAUUCGAUGUUCAACCAGAAUCCCGCUCUCAAGCUGGACUAGAUUCAUAUAAGCCAGAAAAAGAAAAGAAACACGUUUUAGAACGAAUUGAUGACAAUGCUUUGAAGACCUUAGAAUCUUGUAGCGAGCCAUUAUCCCUUGAUGAUGUUAGGAAACUCAUUAAAGAACCUUCUAAUACCACAACUAAUAAUAAUACAAUAACUUCCGAAACACAGCCAUCUCAACAACAACAAUAG